GCAGUGUGUACUGUUGCUCGGCAACUGGGACGCGCUUCGUCUAGGGCCUCUUAAUCCUCUCAGCUCUCAACAUCUGAGCUGAAUACUUUUUUAAAAUUGUGUUUUAUUUAGUUUUUUUCUGCAAUGGCCGUAAGAGAGAAAGAGAAGCCGAAUAUGGUCCACCAGGACGCCAUUUUUGUUGAAACAGUCAUGAAGGAGAAGAGACUCCAGAUACUGAAGACGGUGUUCAAAGUCAAUCCCUACAGGAAAAUCCAUGUGCUGGCAGAGAAACCCAUGUCUAGAAAACCACCUGAAGUCAGCUUAGAUAACACUGAAUACAUUGACUAUUACCGCAAGGCCCAACAGGAACCCUCCAAAAAAUACCCGAUGCCACAGACUGAGAGUCAGGAGAUCGGGUGGUGGUCAACUCCACUGAUUUCACAAAACCGCAACGACAGGAGGCUUUUUUCCCAGCGAGUCAGCUCUGAUGUCACCAAACACAAAGAGUUGUUCUUGCGUACAAAUAGAUCUGUGAUGGUCUCUGACGAUGCCUCAAAGCAUUAAAGUAUGGAGGAUGAAACUUUAUGAAGUGUGAGCACAUUAAAGAAGAACUGGGAAGUAA